AUGGGAGAUAACAAUGUCAAUCUUCCACCCGGGUUUCGCUUCUAUCCCACAGAUGAAGAGCUUGUUGUUCAUUUUCUUCAAAGAAAAGCAUCACUUUUACCUUGCCAUCCAGAUGUCAUUCCUGAUCUUGAUCUCUACCCAUAUGACCCUUGGGAACUUCAUGGUAGAGCUUUGGCUGAGGGAAAGCAAUGGUACUACUAUAGCAGAAGGACACAAAAUAGGAUCACUAGCAAUGGUUAUUGGAUGCCAAUGGGAAUGGAAGAGGCAGUGGUUACAAGCUCAAGCAACAAAAGAGUUGGCAUGAAGAAAUAUUAUGUGUUUCAUAUGGGAGUAGCACCGGAUGGUAACAGAACCAAUUGGAUAAUGCAAGAAUAUUGUCUAUUAGAUUCUGGUUCCUCUAGCAGAUCAUCCAAAAGAAAAGCGCAACCAAAAACAGACCAUAGUAAAUGGGUGAUAUGUCGAGUUUAUGAGCGGGAUAACGAUAAUGAUGAUGAUGAUGGAACAGAGCUCUCUUGUUUGGAUGAAGUUUUCUUGUCAUUGGAUGAUCUUGAGGAAAUUAGCUUGCCAAAUUAG